CAAGUUCAGCGAGAGUGAGCACGCAAGCCAGUGUCUGUAGAGCAUACAUUUUAGCCAGCAGCCACAAUGGGUGGGAACAUGCUAGCCAACUACGUCCAAGUCAACGUCAUGCUUCCUCUGGAUGUGGUGAGCAUCGACAACACAUUCGAGAAGGGCGAGGAGAUCAGGGCGCAGCUGAAGAAGCUGGCGGAGGCCGGCGUCGACGGCGUGAUGAUAGACGUCUGGUGGGGGCUGGUGGAGGGCAAGGUCCCCAAGGAGUACGACUGGAGCGCCUACAAGCAGGUGUUCGAGCUGGUGCAGGAGGCCGGGCUGAAGCUGCAGGCCAUCAUGUCGUUCCACCAGUGCGGCGGCAACGUCGGCGACGUCGUCAACAUCCCCAUCCCGCAGUGGGUGCGGGACAUCGGCAAGAGCGAUCCAGACAUUUUCUACACCAACCGGAGCGGGACAAGGAACAUUGAGUACCUCACCCUUGGAGUGGAUGACCAGCCUCUCUUCCAUGGAAGAACUGCCGUCCAGAUGUAUGCUGAUUACAUGAAGAGCUUCAGGGAGAAUAUGGAACAGUUCCUGGAUGCUGGUGUCAUCGUGGACAUUGAGGUGGGACUCGGUCCAGCUGGAGAGAUGAGGUACCCAUCCUAUCCUCAGAGCCAGGGAUGGGUGUUCCCAGGGAUCGGAGAAUUCAUCUGCUAUGAUAAGUACCUAGAAGAAGACUUCAAAGCAGCAGCAGUGAAGGCUGGCCAUCCUGAGUGGGGAUUGCCUGACGAUGCUGGACAGUACAAUGACACUCCUGAGGAGACCCAGUUCUUCAAGGACAACGGAACAUACCUUACCGAGAAGGGGAAGUUUUUCCUCUCAUGGUACUCCAACAAACUGAUCGAGCACGGUGACAAGAUCUUGGAUGAAGCAAACCAGGUCUUCUUGGGAUGCAAAGUGCAGCUGGCAAUCAAAGUCUCUGGCAUUCACUGGUGGUACAGGGUUCCAAGCCACGCAGCCGAGCUCACUGCCGGGUACUACAACUUAGAUGACAGGGACGGCUACAGAACCAUAGCACGCAUGCUAACAAGGCAUCAUGCUAGCCUUAACUUCACUUGUGCAGAGAUGAGGGACUCUGAGCAGAGUUCGGAAGCAAAGAGUGCACCAGAACAACUAGUCCAACAGGUGCUGAGUGCUGGAUGGAGAGAGGGCUUAAAUGUUGCAUGUGAAAACGCGCUCGCUCGAUAUGACGCAACUGGUUACAACACGAUACUCAGGAACGCAAGACCAAGAGGUAUUAACAAGAGCGGCCCUCCUGAGCACAAGCUGUUUGGAUUCACCUACCUCCGGGUAUCGGAUGAGCUGCUGGAGGGAGAGAACUACGUCACUUUCCAAACUUUUGUCAAGAGAAUGCAUGCUAACCAGGCUCAUGACCCAAGUGUUGAUCCAAUUGCGCCCCUGGAAAGAUCAGAGCCGGAAAUGCCAAUUAAAAUGAUCCUUCAAGCAGCAGAACCAAAACUGGAGCCAUUCCCCUUUGACGAGAACACCGACCUGCCAGUUUAAAGAUCUCACUCAUGCAGGGGUCUCUAACACCAAUAUCCUCGGCCUAUUGGUGUUGAGCUGAGCAUGAAAAUAAGCCUACUGUGGGACAAUAAGCCGCGAUGAUAAAUAAACUUCUGUGCAAGAAGGUUAACAGAAUCAUGUAUGUGGCAAUAAUAUUGUGACACUAGUCACAAGGUUUGAUGCUUUUCCGAUGGGCCAGAGUACAUUAGACCUUGGUCCGCACUUUGCUGUGUGUAUUUGUGUGGACGAAUAAGGCAAUUUGUGUGUAUGGCUUUCUUA